AUCUCUGUCUGCUCUGCUCCUUUGUGUGUCUGUCUUUUUCUUUUGCUAGGCGGAAGUGAGUGCAGAUUCAGACGAGAGAGAGAGAGAGAGAGAGAGGGUUUGUUGAGUCGAGUUGAGUCGAGUCAAGGAGGUUAGAGGAGAGUUACGCUCCAGGAGGGUGAGGGGUGAUUUAGAGAAGGAGCAGCAGGAGGUGAUGGCGAGUGAAGGAGCACUGAGUGAGAGUUUGGAGGAGCACAAAGGAGACGCCUCCUUCGUCCCUGACACCGCCGAGAACGAGACUCAGGUAGACCCGGGCAGUUCGGUCCUAGAGCAGCUGGGUUUAGACCCGAACUCGGAUUUCUCAGACUCUGGUGUGCAGCAGCGUCUGGAGGAGCAGCGUGAGAGAAUCCGCCGAGAAAUCCGUAAAGAGCUGAAGAUCAAAGAGGGAGCAGAGAACCUACGACGUGCCAUUAGUGACAAACGCAAUGCACACCAGGUGGAGAACCAGUUACGCUCCUCCAAACGCAGACUGGAUGCACUACACACACAGCUGCAAGAACUUGACGCACACAUCAUGGUGAAGGGGCCCGAUGACAGCAAGGAUGACCUCCCGCAUCUGGGCACAAUGGGUCGAUCAUCAGCCAAUCAGGAGCGCAUCAUGGCUCUGGAACGGCAGCUCAACAUUGAGCUGAAGGUCAAACAGGGAGCAGAGAACAUGAUCCCCAUCUAUGCCAACGGAGCCACCAAGGACAAGAAGCUGCUGCAGGCCACACAGCAGAUGCUGCAGGACAGCAAGACCAAGAUUGACAUCAUCCGCAUGCAGAUCCACAAAGCCAAGCAGGCCACGGAGCACACGGCCGACACACAGGGUAAGCCAGAUCUAUGUGGUGUGGAGUUGAGGAUUGAGGAGUUGUGGCAUCACUAUCGUGUGGAGCAUGCCAUGGCUGAAGGAGCCAAGAACAUGCUGAGACUGCUGGGAGCAGGAAAAGCUCAGGACAAGAAAGCUAUCACAGAGGCUCAGGGCAGGCUGAUGGAGGCAUCUCAGAGGCUGGAUUUGUUGAAGGAGUCUCUGGAGCUGAGGCUGCGCGAGUUGCCGGAGGAUCAUCCGAAAGCAUGUCUCAUUAAAGAGGAACUCAUCCUGGCAUCAUCCUCUGCGUUCAGUGGCCGAAACAGCACCCCUUAUGUACACAACCAGUACAGCACGCUCAGCAAACCGUCCCCACUCACAGGCACUCUGCAGGUGCACUUGUUGGGGUGUGUCAGUGUGUUGGACAUGGUCCCUGGCCGCAGCAGGAGCUCAGCGGUGGUGUUGCCCAAUUUCAGCCCCAGUGAUGGACGAUCCUUCAAACUCAGCAGCCUGAGCCUCAAAAUGCCCAGCAAGACAGAGGAGCUCUCGUCUGAGGUGAGUGCAGUGUUAAAGGUGGAGAACACUGUAGUGGGUCAGACGAGCUGGAGGACGGUGGGAGAGCAGGCCUGGGACCAGAGCUUCACCAUUGAACUAGAGAGGUCCAGAGAGAUGGAGAUCGCAGUGUACUGGAGGGAUUAUCGUUCUCUUUGUGCACUCAAAUAUCUCAAACUGGAGGAUUUUCUGGACAAUGAGAGACACAGGAUACACCUAGAGCUGGAGCCACAGGGUUUAAUGUUAGCUGAGGUGACGUUCUUUAACCCUGUAAUAGAGAGAGGCCCCCGACUCCAAAGGCAAAAGAAGAUCUUCUCCAAACAGCAGGGUAAAGCGUUCCUGAAGGCAAAGCAGAUGAAUGUGGACAUCGCCACCUGGGUGCGCCUGCUGAAGAACGCCAUCCCAAGCAGCACCUCGAGCAACAGCUACUCACACAACUCACACACACACCACACAGGACUAAUCCCAGAAGAUAAGGCAGGCGUGGAGAGUACAUCUCCACCACAAUCAUCUGAGAGCCAGAGGAGAGAGAUCUCAGAAGCAGUCUCUCCCCCUGAUGUAGCUCCAGAGCGGUCGGGUAGGCGUGGCUCUCACAGUUCCCAGCGCAGGCCCAGCAGAGGGCCGCUCUGUCUGCAGGAUUUCCGGCUCAUUGCUGUGUUGGGAAGAGGGCAUUUUGGCAAGGUGCUGCUGUCUGAGCACAAGAACUCCAAGACGCUGUUCGCCAUUAAAGCGCUGAAGAAGGGAGAUGUUAUCGCCCGAGACGAGGUGGAGAGUUUGCUGUGUGAGAAGCGGAUCUUUGAGACAGUGACCGGAUCCCACCACCCGUUCUUGGUGAAUCUGUUUGCGUGCUUCCAGACGCCAGAGCACGUGUGUUUUGUCAUGGAGUACACGGCCGGGGGAGACCUCAUGAUGCACAUCCACGCUGACGUCUUCUCCGAGCCGCGCUCCGUGUUCUAUGCUGCUUGUGUGGUUUUGGGCCUACAAUUUCUUCAUGACAAUAAGAUUGUGUACAGGGAUCUGAAGCUGGAUAACUUGCUGUUGGACACUGAAGGCUUUGUGAAAAUUGCUGACUUUGGCCUCUGCAAAGAGGGGAUGGGCUAUGGGGACAGGACCAGUACGUUCUGUGGUACUCCAGAGUUUUUGGCCCCAGAGGUUCUGACUGACACGUCCUACACUCGAGCAGUGGACUGGUGGGGACUUGGGGUGCUCAUCUAUGAGAUGCUUGUUGGAGAGUCUCCAUUCCCAGGUGAUGAUGAGGAGGAGGUGUUUGACAGUAUUGUCAACGAUGAAGUACGUUACCCACGAUUCCUUUCCACAGAGGCCAUUAGUUUAAUGAGACGGCUGCUAAGGAGGAACCCCGAGAGGAGGCUGGGCUCCAGUGAAAGAGAUGCAGAAGAUGUGAAGAAGCAACCGUUCUUCAGGGAUAUGGACUGGGAGGCCCUGCUGCAGAGGAAGGUGGUCCCUCCCUUCGUGCCCUUGUUAGGAGGGAAGGAGGAUGUCAGUAACUUUGACGCUGAGUUCACAGGGGAAGCACCCAAACUCACUCCACCUCGCGAGCCCAGGACCCUGUCACGCAGAGACCAGAACUAUUUCAAAGACUUCGACUACGUCUCUGACCUGUGCUAGGGUACGGCGAACACGGACCGAACGCAGACCACAUACUGUGAGUGGGAGAGUUGGACUGUGUUCCAAUCCUCCGUGGAUCCAGCCUUCCAGAUGCUCCCUUCUCUCUGUGUAAGGCUGCAAAAUAAGGGCGGAUCAAGUCAGUGACUCAGAAACAUGAAGGAGCGAAACAUCAUGUCACGAGUGCCUCAGUGUGUCACACUGCGGGGUCCGGACAAGUCAUGAGAGGAGUUCAGGUGAACAUCAUGAAGAUCACUCAAACUAUUCAGGUAUACAGGAGAAGAGAGCUGCAUGAGGAUCCAUUCAUCCCCAGUGUCCCCAGCGUCCCCCGUCUCUCCCCAGUAGAGUUCACUGGACCACACUGAGCAGAAAUGUCAGAUAUUCAACUGUGAAUUUCUAAACCCCACUCUGUUCUGUCUCUCAGGACGUCCAUUUUGUACAAACACAAGGUCAAACGUCUUCAUUUCACUAAAAGUCCUGUUCCAUUUCUUCUACUUAAAAAGCUGCUGACUAACUAAAGGUUCUCCUCACAAGCAGCUUAUUUACUACAAAUAUAAACAAAACAAGAUCAUACAUGUAGGAGCAUUAUUUGUGGAACCAUAUACACAUUAAAAUCACUCCUUUUUCUAUA